AUUUAUGGGCCUGUCUGCCUGUCGCCUGGGCGCUGGUCCCUCUUCUCUUCCCUCUUUCUUCUCCCUCUGCUCAGAUGAUUUACAUCGCUGUCCUUGUCUCUACCACUUCUUAUACUUCCAGUUUGCGGCUGCGCAGUGUUAUCUAUCGGCUUCCCCGCAAUAACCUCCCCCCACUUGGCUGACAGCAGGGUCCUGUUUAGCCCUUACCUGAUUGUUCGUGCUAGAAACAGUGAUGGCAUCCACCGUUCACGAUCCGCGUCUUCUCUACAGUAUCAACAACAUCCGUGCAUUCCAUCUGCAAAAUGGCGAAGAGUCAGAGCUCACCCCGUCCGGUCCUCAGACCCUUUCGCUCCUGAUGGUCCCCACUCGGACCACCAUGGCUGAGAAUCUCUCUAUACCUCCCCCUGAGACCUCUUCAGAAGAGGACUUCUACCUCCACCUGCACCUACCGCCGGAGCUGGACAUUGCACUCCCUGCAACCACCCAAAUCUUUCACCAGCCUCCCCAUAGCUACUUGAUCCCCCGGUGGGAUCUGGGCCCUGACGCGGGCGCGUUCAUUCGCAUCCAGUUUCCGGGAAUUGGCACCGGUCCUAACCAGGUGACGCAGGAUGAUGUGGAUACCUUUGAGACGAUUCUGGCUCAGUGCACGGCGUUCCUGGAACGCGCACCCCCGCCAGAUAACCAUGCUCCGUAUAACCCUGCAACGUAUGCGCCGGGGCAGGGGUAUGUUUCCUCCUCCAGUCCUGACCGAGAGGAUCCACAUGGGCGGAUUGUUCUGGUGGACGAGGAGGAUGGCAGCGUGGUCGGGGAGAUGGAAGGAUACGAUGUGAUCGAGAAACCUGGUGUCCGACCCGGUUCGAAAAGACCCGUUGAAGUCCAGCUUCCCUCAGAGGGUGAGGGCAACCAGGUCCAGAUCAGCAACGUGUCCGAAGAAUAUCUGCGAAUGUCCCGUCAUCCAGCUUACAGGAACUCAACCCUUGUCCAGACGUCAGCGUCAGCCUCUCGCUUGAUCGUAACCGGGUCCUCGUACAUCGCCAACGCCAUCGCCAGUGGAGCGGAUAGUUUCAUGAGAAACACCAAGCCCAAUCCCAAACCCAUGACAUUCUCCGAGACCACACACUCGCGCAUCAGACGGGUCGGUACAUUCUCGCAGGGCGCCGCCGACCUAUCCGCCAAGACGGUCGGUUCGGUAGGCAAGUACGCGCAGAACAUCGGCGCCUCGCUGUCCCGGCGCAAGGAGAACGGACAAAGAGGCGUGGACAGAAACGGAAACCAGUACCAGCCCGGCAUCCUGAACCGAUCUAUGAUCGCCUUCUCGACCCUGACCGACGGUAUCGAGCAGGGUGCUCGCAACGUGCUCAUCUCCGGCACCAACGCCGCCAGCUCCAUGAUCGGACAUCGCUAUGGCGACCAGGCGGGCUCCGUGGCCUCCGAUCUGACUGGCGGGGUCAAGAACGUCGGACUGGUGUACAUCGAUGCUGCGGGUGUCAGUCGCAAAGCGAUGCUGAAGUCCGUGGCUAGGGGCAUGGUCGUUGGCCGCAUGCGGAAUGGAAGACAGGUCCUCGUCGGCACCGGCGACGGCGGCGAUGUCCCCUCAGGAGCAGCGGCAGGCCCGAGUCGGACGCAGACAUUUCCGGGAGAUCGUGAGCCCGUCGUGAGACAUCAGUCGCCAACUCACACGCCUCCUCCCGCGUAUGGUGCUCCGGGCACGACCUCGCUUGGCGGUAUAUCGGGGGUAUCUAUGUCGGGGGGGAGACGUUGAUUUACUCUGCGGGGUUCAUCUGUUGUCUGCUAUCUACUGCCGCGGUUAAUGACUUUUUGUCUUGGUUUAUGAUGGAUUUGAUUUAAUGAUCUUAUGACUUGAUGCUCUCUGGGAAUAUAUGGGUUACGCCGCAGUGUUGCUAUGUAUUCUGCUCCUCGAACUGACUUUGAUAUGUGUUGUAACAAUUUCACUUCCAACUCGAUUCCAUAUUACAAUCUUCGUUGUUUUCUUGCUCUCCUUUUACGCAAUUGCAUACACACAUUCUCCUGACAGCCUUCCAUCCUCUUUCCUUCCAUCUCCUUUUCCCUCCGUCUUUCCUCCAACGCCC